CCCAAGCCAAAUAGAGCAGUGUCGCAGUGUCGCACAGCAUCAACACAGUACAAGCGCCGCAGCCGACCUCGUGCAACAUCAGCAAGAUGGCCGAUGCAAGACAAGAGCACCCUGUACCGACGAUCCCUCAAGAUCCAUCAAGUUACACGAAGUCCCCCGAGCCAAGAGGAGUUACAUUCCAAGAGCCUAGCCUACGAGCGGCAUCUCCUCGACGACACACGCGUUCCGAACAAGCACCAUUCAGACAGCACCGGCCUGCAUCACCGCUAAUGGCACCUCGAUGGUCAUUGAGCACAACUUGGACUAAAAUCGAUUACUGGGCUAGGAGGAUGUGGGUGACGAGACGUUUGAAGUUCUGGAUUGUAGCGAUGCUAUUCUUUGGCAUUUUGGGGGCGAUUGUAGUGUUUGGCGUAUAUGCACUACUCAAGUGCAAGAAGAGUAGCGACAAGGGCGUUUUCAGUUCAUGGAGGGUUUGCAAUUAGGGCGGCUUACACGAACAUCUCCCGUGGAAGGUCGGAUGGCAAAGAAGAUCGG